ACGACUGACUGACUCAUUUGCUUUCAAUAUAUGUUUCGACUUGACUCUGGUUCAGUACGUGUGAAUUGCAGUAUCUGUGUGCCAGUGAGAGUGUGUGUGGUUGUGCAUGUUUGCCGGCAUCAUUGUUGUUGCUGGCGCCCAUUGUAGUGACAGUCGCUCCCGUCCUACCAGACGAGGCGGUCGUGGCAUUCUGAAUACUUGACAUUUUCGCCGCCAAAUUGUGCGAUUUCUUCAGGCUGUGGCUGUGACAUUGCCAUGAACGUGGCGCACUUUGCCGCUGCCUGUGCUGUCUGUGGCACUCCUUUCCCCCCUUUCAAGUACACAAACUCCAUCAGCCUCACCGUCUGCUCCAUCGAUUGACUGGCAAACAAAUUUUGCAAUUCAAUUUCUAUUGUGCAUGGGCCAAGCGAGUGUGUGCGAGUGUGUGUGUGUGUGUUGGCGCGCGUCGUUUGCUGUCAAUUCAAAGUAUUUCACAUAAAAAUUGAAAAUUGCAUGCAAAUUAAAUAAAUAGACAGACGCAACAACAACAACACAGUUGCAAAGGACAACAGCAUGAACAGGAGAAGAAAUAAUUCUCAGCCAGUGAAAAUGACAGUUUGAAGUUCUGGUCGCAAUCAAAGCAAAUGUCAUUAGCACACGACACAGCGUCAACGUCGCUGUUUUCGAUUGAUAGCGCCACCAGUAGCAGCAGCAAAAGCAACAACUGCACCAACGACAACCCCAACAACAACAACAGCGAGCAACAGCAGUCAGUGAAUUGGUGGCAACUGAGGGCAUUUGCAUAACUUGCAGCAAGUUCAACUUACGCAGGCACACACAGUCAGAUGUCAACAGCACUUGGGAAUGAUGCAGAUGCAGUGAAAUCAAAGCCCCUUGCGCAAUUUGCACAAACAACGCAUGCGGCAAAUAGCAAUAGAAAUAGAAAUUCAAAUGCAAAUAGAAAUUGUGGCGUUCGCUACAAAAAAUACCCAUAAAAUAACAAAAGCAGCAACAACAGGAGCAACAGCGAGUCGAGCAACAGCUGCUGCGAAUAACAAACGUCAGCUGCAGAGCGCAAAAACAAGCCGCAACGGCAGCGGCAGCAACAUCAACAACAACAGCAAGCGCAGCAACAACACUAACAAAAUGAAAAGCCAUUUAGGCCUGCUCUUUGUCAUUUUGAUAAUGGCCGCCAAAUGCGCCAAUGGCAAUCCACAGAGUCAGCAUCAUGAGUUAAACUCACAGCUGGAUCCCGAUCCGGAGUUUAUUGGCUUCAUCAACAAUGUCACGUAUCCGGCUGGUCGUGAGGCCGUUUUGGCCUGUUCCGUGCGCAAUCUGGGCAAGAAUAAAGUCGGCUGGCUGCGCGCAUCCGAUCAAACGGUUCUUGCCCUGCAGGGACGUGUCGUAACGCAUAAUGCCAGGAUCAGCGUAAUGCAUCAGGAUAUGCACACCUGGAAACUGAAGAUCAGCAAGCUGCGGGAGAGCGAUCGUGGCUGUUAUAUGUGCCAGAUAAACACGAGUCCCAUGAAGAAGCAAGUGGGCUGCAUCGACGUGCAAGUGCCGCCGGACAUCGUCAACGAGGACUCCUCGGCAGAUCUGGCCGUGCAGGAGGGCGAGGAUGCGACGCUAACGUGUAAGGCCACGGGCAAUCCGCAGCCGCGUGUCAUCUGGAGGCGUGAGGAUGGCGAAAUGAUACUCAUACGUAAGCCGGGCAGCCGCGAGCUCAUGAAAGUGGAAACGUACAAUGGCUCCUCGCUGCGGCUGCUGCGCCUGGAGCGCCGCCAGAUGGGCGCAUACCUCUGCAUCGCCUCGAAUGAUGUGCCGCCGGCGGUUAGCAAACGCGUUUCGCUAAGCGUGCAAUUUGCGCCCAUGGUGCGUGCGCCCAGCCAGCUGCUGGGCACACCGCUCGGCUCCGAUGUGCAGCUGGAGUGCCAGGUGGAGGCAUCGCCAUCGCCUGUCUCAUAUUGGCUGAAGGGUGCACGCACUUCGAACGGCUUUGCCAGCAUCUCUACGUCCAGCCUGGAGUCCGGCUCGCCCGGACCCGAAAUGCUGUUGGAUGGGCCAAAAUAUGGCAUCACGGAAAAGCGCGAUGGCUAUCGCGGCGUCAUGCUGCUGGUGGUGCGUUCCUUUUCUGCCUCCGAUGUGGGCACCUAUCACUGCGUCAGCACAAACUCGCUGGGCCGUGCCGAGGGCACGCUGCGGCUAUACGAAAUCAAGCUACAUCCGGGCGCCUCGGCCAGCAACGACGAAAGUCUCAAUUUCAUAGGCGGACUGGACGAUGCGGCACGCAAUGUGGCUGCUGCCUUCAGGCAGGCAGCCUGGCUAAUGCUGCCGCUGCCGCUGCCGCUGCUGCUGCUGCUGUGCGCAUGGAACGCGUGAUAUCAAAACUGAGCGAGAGCCGGCAAUCAAGUAUUCCUACAGGUGUUACCCAGCCCUUGAGCUG